GCGGCCCUGCACCCCACCUCCUGGACCGUGGUACCGAGCACGCCAGCCGAGAAGGACGAGUACAGACAACAGGAGCGGCUGCGGUACCAGGCGCCGCGGCGGGCCUUCACGUACCGCCUGCACGGCUACCGGGCCACUGUGGGCCCCGUGCGCAGCGGGCGCGAUUCGAAGGCGGGCCGUGGCCACGCGCUGCUGACCGCCGACCGGCCGCCCGGUGUCACCCUGCUCAGUCUGGUCCGGGACGCCGUGGCGCGCCUCCCGAACGGCGAGGGCUCGCGCGCGGAUGUGUGUGAGCUGGUGCGCGACUCCGGGUUCCUGGUGGCGGGCAGCGGCGACCAGCCGGUCUCGGCGGCAGUCAGCUCGGCCAUGGACCGGCUCCAGGCGGAAGUGGACCCGUGCCUGCGCUACGACUCGCACCGCAAGGUCUGGAUGUACCUGCACCGACACCGUACAGAGGCCGAGUUCGAGACGCUGGAGCGGCAGCGCCAGGCCAGCUGUCCCCGCCGCAGGCAGGCUGUCAAACGCUCCGCGCCGACACCGGCGGUGUCUGCGGCUGGAGGUGUGUCGGCAGCGGCGACCGUGGUGGCCGUGGGAGCGGCACCAGCGGGAGCCUCGCUGCUAAAACCGAGGGCCGGUGCGCUGACGGUGGCCCAGCCCAAGUUCAGCGCGCCCGCGCCGGUUCCGCCGAUCGCGCCGGGCUCGGCUCCCGCAGCUGCAGCGGCAGUGAGUGCCGUGCUUCCGUCAGAGCCAACCACUCUGACACAGACGGAGCUGGCUGUGCAGAGCAUCCUCCCGGCAGCGCCUCCCAACGUCCCCCUGGCUCCCGCGCCCGCCUCGGUCGCUGUGCCGGCGCCGACCGUGCUGGCCGCUGCUCCGACGGCGGCGAGCGUGGCUCAACUUCAGCUGGUGUCUCGGGCGGCGGCGCUGUCCCCGGCCGUGGCCGCCAGCCCGCCGCUGGCUGCCGUCGCCGGUCACCCGCCCACCGUGCAGUCGGUCAAGGUGGUCAAAAACCAGCACACCAUCGUACACAUCCCUUCCAAGACGCCGGGCGCCGCGCCGCAGCUGGCACUCCUCGCCAACGGCAAGCUGAUCCCCAUCGUCAACCAGCCCGCCACUGUGAAGGCGGUGGACGGCCGACCGCGCGCCUCACUGGUGGUGGCCCCGCAGCGGCCGGUGGCAGCGGCGGCGGCGCGCUUGCGGCCGGCGACCCCGGCUGUCACCGUGCAGGAGGCGCCGAGGAGGCCGCUGCUGAGCCGGCCGGCCCCGGUGGCGGUGGCACCGGUGGCCAGUGCGGCAAUAGCGCCGCAGCAGGUCGUUCAGGUAUCGGGCUCGGCUGCCGUUCCGGCCGCCUUGGCACCGGCGUCACUCGCCUCGGUGACGCUCGGCGCCCCUGCCGCGGCCACCUCCGCCGCCGCCGUCACUGCGGGCUCCGCCGGCGGCGCCCUGAAACACAUCACCAUCCCGGUCUCCCAGCUGUCGCGGCUGCUGCAGCAGCAGGCGGGCAGCGGCGCGGCUGGCGCGCUGACUCUGGCCCAGAUCGGUGGCCGGCAGGUACUGAUUGCCGCCCGGCCGGCGGCCAAACCGCCGCAGCCGCAGCUGGUGCAGCGCGUGCAGGCACCCACGCAGACGGUGCAGGCCUUGCACGGCGUGCAGAGCGUGCACACCGUGCGGCCCGCCCAGCAGGUGGUGCUGCAGGCGGCUACUCACGUGGUACCGGCGUCGGGUGUCGCUCCCACCCGGCAGAUCUCCGUGGCCACCUCCCAGCUGCAGCUGGCGGCGGGCGGCGCGGUGUCGGCCGUCCGGCCGGUAGCCGCCGGCCGGCCCGUGGUGCUCAGCUCGGCCGCCCAGUCGCCCGUACAGCUGCUCUCCGGCGGACUGAGGACGCUGCACGGCUACAAACUGGUGCAGCUGCCGGCCAGCGCCGCCGCCUCAGUGCAGGCCAGAGGUGUAUCCGUCGCUACUGCGGUCCAUCAGAAGCCGGUCCAACGGCCGGCCGACCUGCUCGCCCCGCUAGUGGCAGCGACUCUGUCGUCCCCCGCGGUCGCGGCAGUCUCCUCAGCGACCGCAGCGUCACCUGCCGUCACUCAGUCGUAACACAAGUACCCGCCGCCGCCGACAGGCGGCGGUCGCAGCCAGUUCGCCCGUAGGUUAGCUUUGUUAUUGUUUUACCUCAUUGCCCAUCUCAUACGGUCAUCAAUACCUGUGUUCACUGCCCUCAUUUUCAUCCUGGACGAAGUGUCAUUUGUUUUGUAUCUCGUUUAUGCUGUGAUUGGGGGCCUGUGGGCGGGAGACGCCAGUAAAUAUCUCGAUCCUUACGUGCCUCACUGGGCGUCGGGGAGUGCAUGCGUCCGACAUUGGACAGUGCAUAAAUACCUAUAACAAUAUAUACCUUAUCAAAUGAGCUUGAA